AUGAGCACUGCUUUGUUGAUAGAGACACAAAAUACGAUUGUGCUCAAGAACAGGAAGCACGGAUUGCCGAACAGCCACCGACCGACGUGUCAAGCAGCGCGGAGACGAUGGAUGAACGCGGUGAUAUUGAAAAUUGGCUUCAGUUUCCAAGGAUUUAUUGAAAGAGAUUAG